AAAUUCAGUUCAAUCGAACCAUCGCCAUGGAUUGCAGGCCUCUGGAGGUAAUCAUCGACUCGGCCAACGGCCUCAAGGACGUCAACCUCUUCUCCAAGAUGGACGUCUACGCCGUCGUUUCGGUCGCCGGCGACCCCCGUAACAGGAAGCAGAAGACCAAGACCCCCGUCGUCAAGGACGGCGGCACCAACCCCAAAUGGAACAGCUACCCCAUCAAGUUCACCGUCGACGAAGCCGCCCUCCUCCACAACCGCCUCACCCUCAACAUCAAGCUCGUCUCCGAGCGCACUUUGGGAGACACCAAGAUCGGCAAGGUCAAGAUUCCGCUCAAGGAGCUGCUCGACAGCAUGGGCGGCGGCGAUGCUCAGAAGAAGCAGAGCAACCACGUCAGCUACAGCGUCCGAUCGUCGAGCGGAAAGCCCAAGGGGACCAUCAAUUUCGGGUACAAAUUUGGUGACAAGUUUUCGGUUCCGGAGCCCCAGAAGAAAUCCCAUGAGCCCGUGAUGGCUUACCCUGUCGGACACCCCGGGUCAAGCUCCCGGGUACCUGCCCAAGCUUACUCAUACCCGCAACCCGGUGCGUACCCACCACCGCCUCAUCAGCAACCGGGUUACGGGUACGCACCACCGCCACAGGCCGCGUACGGAUACCCGCCUCAGCCCGGGUAUGGGUACCCGCCGCAGCAAGUUGUGCGGCCGCAGAAGCCUAAGAGGGGAGGAGGAAACAUGGCGCUGGGUGUAGGAGCUGGGUUGCUGGGUGGAUUGUUGAUUGGGGAUAUGAUUAGUGAUGUGGGUGAGAUGGCUUCUUACGAUGCCGGGUUCGGUGGUGGUGACUUUGGUGGAGGCUUUGAUUUCUAGUAAUUUUUUUGUCGGUGUUUUAAAUUUGUUUAAUUUGUUACUUUUUUAGUUUUUUUUUUUUUCUUGUAGUUUUGUUUUGUUGGGGAGUUUUAGCGUUUAACGUCUGUGAUGCCGAACAAAGCGUAUUUUUACUCUCCUUA